AUGCAAGAUUACGAUGAAGCUACUGCUUUCCUGGGGGAAUGGGGGUUUUACCAGAAAAGAAUAUUCUUUUUGCUCAGUAUUGGAAUAAUCCCAAAUGGUUAUGUGGGUCUGUCUAUGGUUUUCCUGGCAGAUACCCCUCAGCACCACUGCCGAUUGUCCAAUUCUUCGAAUAUAACCUUUGCAGAAGCUUCCCUCCUGAAUCUGAGUUUACUGCUGCCCUUGGAGACAGAGGGUGAUAAGCAGGUAUACAGUAAAUGCACCAGAUUCAAAAGUCAGGUGCAAGAUGGUUUCAGUGACACAACACAAGAAACAGAGCGCUGUGUGGAUGGCUGGGUGUACAGCAAAGACAGAUACGUUUCUACAAUUGUCAGUGAGUGGAAUCUCGUCUGUGACAACAAUUGGAAAGGACCCUUUACCAUGUCAGUGUUCUUUCUGGGAAUGACAAGUGGUGCACUUAUUUCUGGACACAUUUCCGACAGAUAUGGGAGAAAAAUCGUUCUCUUUGGAGCAGUGAUGAUACAAACAGUCUUAAGUUUCAUUCAAGUGAUCUCUUGGAGCUGGGAAGUGUUCUGUGUACUUUGCUUUUUUAUUGGCUUUGGAGAUAUCUCAAAUUAUGUAGCUGCCUUUGUUCUGGGAACUGAGCUCCUUGGCAAAGCUGAGAGGAUUGCUUACUCAACACUGGGUGUCUGCAUGUUUUAUGCCAUAGGCUAUAUCAUUCUGCCACUCUUUGCGUAUUAUAUCCGUGACUGGAGGAUGUUACUUCUUGCUUUGACUCUACCAGAAAUUCUGUACAUUCCCUUUUGGUGGCUUAUACCUGAGUCACCGAGAUGGCUGAUCACUCAAGGUCGAGUGAAUGAAGCAGAAAAAAUUGUUCAAGGUUUUGCUGAAAAAAAUGGCAUUACGCAUGUUGGAGUGAUAUUUCAGUUCACUGAUUCCAGAGAUUAUAUGCUUCUGAAUACCUCAAAUAACCAAAAGCACCCAUAUAGUUUCUUGGAUUUGGUUAAAACAUCAAAUAUACGGAAUAUCACAACUCUUUCUUUCCUUGUGUGGAUGAUUACAUCCAUUGGAUACUUUGUGUUAACCCUGGGCACUCCCAACAUGUAUGGAGACCCUUACCUCAACUGUUUAAUUUCUGCAAUCAGCGAAAUUAUAGCCUAUACAAUUGCUUGGUGGUUGAUGCACAAUGCACCGCGACGUGUGUCAACCUCUUCCAUGUUGUUGCUUGGUGGAGUUAUUCUGCUUAUCAUUCAAUUUAUUCCUCCAACUCUUCAUAUUCUAGCUACAGUGUUGGUGAUGAUUGGAAAAACAAGUAUUACAAUAAGCUUUGCAAUAAUCUAUGUUUUCUCUGCUGAGUUGUAUCCAACUGUGGUGAGGAACAUGGGGAUUGGAGUGUGUUCCAUGGCAUCCAGGAUUGGCAGCAUAGUCUCCCCAUAUUUUGUUUACCUUGGAAUGCAUGACCGGAUGUUGCCUUUCAUGUUAAUGGGCACUUUAAUUCUAUUGGCUGGAAUUUUCUGUUUACUACUACCUGAAACACGUGACCAACCCCUUCCAGAAACUGUGUACCAGGUACAGCCAAUUAAAUGGUUCUGCUCUUCUACUGCCACACACCAUUCUGGACCUAAUACUCCCAAUGAAUUUACAACACAAGAUAUCCAAGCUGAGAACAAUGGUGUUUUCUUCUUGCCUUCACAAAUGGACCAAACUGUGGAAAUUUAA